CAGCACUAUCGAGUCAAAACCAAAACUGUGGGGGUUGAGUGGGAUGAGUCGUUGAGUGACCACAAGGAGAGGCGUUUGUACAAGAUAGUGGUGAGAGCCAGCGAGGAUGAUGCCGCAUGUGGGGGCUGUGUUUGCAGCAAUAGCAGGAGUGACGGCUGUCCUGCUCCAUUCCUCCAUUCACAAAAUAGAGGAAGGGCACCUUGCUGUCUACUACAGGGGUGGGGCUUUGCUGAUGAGUCCCAAUGGUCCUGGAUAUCAUAUCAUGCUGCCUUUCAUUACCACCUACAGAUCAGUGCAGACUACACUUCAGACUGAUGAGAUCAAGAAUGUACCUUGUGGAACAAGUGGCGGGGUGAUGAUCUAUUUUGACAGAAUAGAGGUUGUCAACAUGCUGGUCUCCUCAGCAGUUGUGGACAUAGUGAGGAACUACACGGCCGACUAUGACAAAACUCUGAUUUUCAACAAGAUUCACCACGAAUUAAACCAGUUCUGCAGCGUCCACACACUCCAGGAGGUCUACAUAGAGCUCUUUGAUAUAAUUGAUGAAAACCUGAAGACUGCUUUACAGAAAGACCUUAACGUGAUGGCCCCUGGACUUACCAUACAGGCUGUCCGUGUAACUAAGCCAAAGAUCCCCGAGUCUAUCAGGAGGAACUUUGAACUCAUGGAAGCAGAGAAGACGCGUCUCCUAAUUACCGCUCAGACUCAGAAGGUUGUUGAAAAGGAGGCGGAGACUGAGAGGAAGAAAGCCAUUAUUGAGGCUGAAAAGGUUGCUCAGGUAGCUGAGAUCCAGUUCCAGCAGAAAGUGAUGGAGAAAGAGACAGAGAAAAGGAUCUCAGAAAUUGAGGAUGCCGCAUUUGUGGCCAGGGAAAGGGCCAAGGCAGAUGCAGAAUACUACACCGCUGCCAAGUUUGCUGAAGCAAACCAGCUGAAGUUAACCCCCAAGUACCUUGAGCUGAUGAAGUACCAAGCCAUAGCGACUAAUAGCAAGAUCUACUUCGGCCAGGACAUCCCCAACAUGUUUGUGGAGGGAAACCUCGGACCGCCAAAAGCCGAAAACAGUCACAAGGCACCUGAGCAAGACUUGCGGAAAUUUUAAAAGUGAUGUUUACACUGGGUCUUAGACAGCAAAGAGAGAUUGGGAGGAUUUCCAUUGAUCAAAAACCAGAAAGAAGAAGAUAAUAAAAGGGAAUUCUCUUGUUUUGUUUUUGUUUUUUUAAGCUUAAGAAUGAAAAGCCUGCUAAAAGCUCAUUUGCCUGUAAUGCGACAGCAAGGAGUUGACUAAAUUGGCUUAACUUUUUAUUUUUGCUUUUAGCGAAUCUCGUCGGAUGCAAACAUGAUGACUGUUGACACGGAUUAUGUGGACUGGAAUGCAGCGGGUGACACUAAUUAGAAUCAAGAGGGUAUUUGUUUUGUGUGUGAGGGAUGUUCAGUCAAUGGCAGAGAGAGGCAUUUAUUUCUUUGGUUUCUAGUUGGGCAUUUCUUGGUUGCGGGUCAAACUGUGCACUGUGGCGUUCGCCUGCUGCUAAAAGAAAGCAAGCUUCCUCCAGAAAAUGCUAAUGAGAAUGUAAACAACGUUCCAGCGUAAGAGGUUUCUGUUCUUAUUUGGUCUGCUGAUUUGUCAUGUUAUGGGCUGGUGCUGAUGAUGAACGUCGUGCCUACUAAUAUCUGCCAACCCUUUCUGUUUAGAGCUUAUCGAGAUAUCUCAGGAAAAUUAAAAUUAGUCAGAUAAAUUAUGAGUUUUUCUUAAUGUUGAUACUGGAUCCGAAUGCUAAUCCUUUAAGUUCUGCUGAAUUUUACUGUUCUAGGUUAGAAGAAAGCUGUGCGAUUGAGAUGCAAGAAAAUAAGCCUAAAGGUUACACAAUCGCUCCACGGUCAGCACAAACUGCAGUGGCUCGGUCUUUGCCAAACAAAAUGAAAGUUGUAAUAACACUAGCAUCCUCUUUUUUUUGUGUGUAAAUUGCGGUGAAUAAUAGUGCUUGUGCGGGGAUAGUUUGACUUUUUCUUCUUCUCGGCUUUGUUUAAGGAAAAUGCGAGUUAGUCAGGUUUAACAAUGGCGGUCAGUCACGCUGUGGUGCAUCAGCGUUGACGUGAGCUACUUACACUGACACUACUUGUGUUCUGAGAGACAUGCGCUGAUGUUUACGUGACCGCCAAAUGGUUGCACUCUUCUUCCGCUUGCUGUGGCGGUGGCUGCAAAUAACCAUGCAAAUGAGUUGGUACAAAUCACUCAACAGGAUUUAUUUCUUCUCGUUGAUAUUUUGUACAAUCGGUGAAAUUCUCUGAAAUUGUUUCUCCUUAUUUUUAAAAGGGUUUAUAUGCAAAAAGUGUUUUGACAAUGUUCUUAAAUAAAGCCUAUUUUGAUACCUCU